ACAAUGUAAUUUACCGUAGCGUGUACGUAUAGAAAACGUGCGCCAAAGCUAUUUUCCAUAAACAUGCAAGGAAUUGACGGAUGUAAACUAUCCUCGAGACAUGGCCUCAGAUUCUCACACAUCAACUCGCCCGGUUGCGGAAACUGUUUUGCUAAUAUCCAUUGUUGGACGUUUUGAGUACGCAGGAACCCUAACCCCGCGGUUGCUCAGUGCAGAUUUAAUUGAAGUCCAGGAUCUCGAAUCUCCCACUGAAAAUGAAUCAGGAGAAUGAAACGUCUCACAAAUUUUCUGCACAUGAGAAGAGGAGUGGAAGUCCUAUAAUUGCUGCUAUAGAAAAUCGAGAUGCCAAGAGGCGGUCGAUUGGACUGGCAGAGGAUUCUUCAACCAUGCUUGCUGAAUCUUCUGAGUUUACAAAGCUUGAUCCUCCUCCUACUUGUGCCUUGGACCCGAGCAAAAGUCCGGCUCCUAGAAUUCCCCAAACAAAACAACAACUGAAAGACAUGGGUUCAAUACUUGCAUGUGUGGAUGUUGAUGAUCACGGGUUGGAGAGCUUUAUUUAUUACAUUACUAGUGUGAAUGAUACAAAAGCUGCAGAGGAUGUGCUGAUAGCUUCAGGAUAUGAAAAGGGCUCUAAAGAGUAUAUGGUGCGAUAUAAUUCGUUGAUGCUGCAUCAACGGUCUUAUGGACUUACUGUGAAAAGAAAGAACCUUGAUAUUAGCGGGGGCGUGCGUGUGGAAGCUGUAUUGAAUGAAGAUGGCAGAUAUGUACUUGGUAAGGUGCAAAAGCACCGGAUGGGUUGAUGGUAGAGUAUCCCUUGUUCCCUUUUAAUUGGUAUCCUGCUGUGAAGGAUACAUAUUAUGUAUUAAUUAAUUAAUCAAUUAUAACUUUGGAACAACGGUACUUUAAUGACUAUGCUUUACCAAUGAUGAAACUGUAUUGGGAAUUGGGCAGUGUAUUGCUGUAUUUGUAGGAGUAUUACUUAUUGUGAUUAUUCCAUUUUCGCAAG